ACUCACUUGCGGUUGCCAUGGCAAGCGGGCGGUCCUGAACAGCGGGACAUCCAAUGGGAGACGACGCUGCUUGUGUCACCAUGGUGACGGGGCUGUGCCCAAGGAGGUUGUGAUGGGUUGACAGGUGCAUGACAAUCGGAGCUCUCUGCAAGCAUGUACGCCAAAGGCAAGAGUAGCAACGUGCCGUCCGACAGCCAAGCCAGAGAAAAGGUACAGAGCUGUCUUGAAACGAAAGUGAUGAUGACAGUUUGACAAGGCCCUGAUAGAAAACACUUUUUAACCUGCUGAACACAUAGAGGCUGUUAAAAGUCCUCUUUAAUCUGCUGGCAUCCCUCCUAGUUUCUUUCUUAUCCCUGCUGCCAGAGAUGUAACUUGCCACAGAAGUGCUAUCAAAGCAGCAGCCUCUUAUUGAGCUGUGUGAGGCGGGGGGAGACAGCCUCUGAUCGACGCAGGCAGAAAGAGGGGUGACGUGUCAAUCAACAGAGAGGACCCUGUUGAAGGCAUUCUCACAGGACGUCGCCUUGGGGUUCUUGAGAAGGAUCGACGUGACAAAAGGCCUCCGUCGGCAUCAGAUAGCAUGUGGGGAAGAGAGGAGGAGAGGGCACAGCAUCCUCAAAGUCUUUUAUCACUCCCUUCAAAAGACGGAGGGUUAGCUCUGUAUGUGUAUGAGUACCUGCUGCAUGUAGGAGCACAGAAGUCAGCACAGACCUUUCUCUCAGAGAUCCGAUGGGAGAAGAACAUCACAUUAGGAGAACCUCCGGGGUUCCUCCACUCAUGGUGGUGUGUUUUCUGGGACCUGUACUGUGCGGCUCCAGAGAGAAGAGACACAUGUGAACACUCCAGUGAGGCCAAGGCCUUCCAUGACUAUCAUUAUAAGGACUACAAGAGUGCUGCAGCAGCUCCCAGCCCCGUCCUUGGGAACCUUCCCCCAGGAGAGGGCAUGCCAGUGGGGCCGGUCCCACCAGGAUUCUUUCAGCCGUUUAUGUCACCUCGAUACCCCGGAGGACCCAGACCACCUCUCAGAUUACCCAAUCAGGGACUUGGAGUCCCAGGUGGCCAACAUAUGUUACCCAGUGGAAUGGACCCCACACGACAGCAAGGACAUCCAAAUAUGGGAGGACCAAUGCAGCGGAUGACUCCACCCAGAGGCAUGGUACCGCUUGGGCCCCAGGGCUAUGGAGGUGGGAUGAGACCACCACUAAACACCCUGGUUGGUCCUGGGAUGCCUGGCAUGAACAUGGGACCUGGUGGGGGCAGACCUGGCCAAAUCCUCAGAACUCCAUUCAACCCUUACUCUUCUGCAUCUCCCGGAAGUUAUGUGGGACCUCCAGGAGGAGGAGGCCCCCCUGGGACCCCAAUAAUGCCAAGUCCAGCAGAUUCAACCAACUCUGGCGACAACAUGUACACUAUGAUAAACACAGUACCUCCAGGUGGAAGCCGGCCAAAUUUUCCUAUGGGUGCAGGUGGUGACGGUCCAUUAGGGGGAAUGGCUGGAAUGGAGCCGCAUCACAUGAAUGGAUCGUUAGGUACAGGAACAAGUAGCUUGUACAGGUCAGGAGAUAUGGACAGUCUCCCCAAGAACUCUCCUGGUAACCUAAGUAUGAGUAACCAGCCCGGGACCCCCAGGGAGGAUGGAGAGAUGGGAGGAAACUUCCUUAACCCUUUUCAGAAUGAAAGUUAUUCUCCAAACAUGACGAUGAGCGUGUGAAGGCUCCGGGAGCAGGUGUGUUUCAGUCGCCCAGUAACCUGGUGUGGGUCAGUGAAAAGCAGAGAGACCGGAUGUGAUGUCAUCUAGGCCAGUGACUCUUCCUCCACCACUACCUGCCUAGCCAGGACAGUUGCCCCAGGCUCGGUCCUCCUGCUACCCCCUACCCCCACCCCUCCAUUGUUUCUGUCCACGUCUCUUCUCUCCUGUUUCUUCUCCCGUUCUAAGUGGUGACUCUGCUACAUUCAUCAGUUCUUCCUCUGCAAAUAUGAGACUGUACAAAGAAACCAAAUUGAAACAACCCCGAGGAGAACUCUUUAAAUAUUUGCAUAUAAGUGGGUAUGAAACUGUGCACACUCCAGUCACAGACAGACGUGUCUGCCUUUUGCAUCAUAUUACAGUGUAUGCCCAAAAGCCAAUGGUCGGUAUCCUAUUCAUGUUAAAGUUUAAAUUUUCAAGAAUUUAAAGAGAUAUAGACACUUUUUGAUUGAUCUAAAUGGUUGUCACGUGGAACAUCAUUUUCACAAAUCUUCACAAAUACAGUACAUUUGUCCAUUACUGAAGAGAAUUGACAUCAUAAUCAUAUUGUCCCGAUGUUUAUUUGAGGCUUGUUCAGAUAUUUGUCUUUCUGUUAUUUGUUCUAUACUUUUGGUAUUUUUUUUAUUUUCCAUUCCCAAAUCCAGCCACAAAUGUGGAAUAAGAUCUCUUCAAAAGGCUUCAAGGCUCUUUAAAGGCUUCAGCACAACCUGAAAUAUUUGUCUGCGUUUGAAUUUGAAGUCACAUAGCAUGGUUUUGGAGGGGGAAAGAGCUUUGUUCAAGGCUUCAAUAGCACGUAUUGACUGUCUAUAUACCAACCAUAAGGUCACAACAAUCCUUAGUGUACUGCAUUCGGUGAGUUUAGUGUUCAAAAGUUAUAGCUCGCUUUAAACCUACACAAUAUUGGGAGAGGUUUGCACAGGUGAUUUUCAGUAGUGAUUAAAAGUAUAAACCUUUAGUUGCAAUAAAGGUUUAGACUCCCAGUCGAGUUUCCCUUUAAAGAAUUUACAUUGUUAACUGUACAACCUAGUGCAAGGUAAAAUGGUAAGAAGCACAA